CAAUCACUCCUCAAGGUAUGUGCUGUGAAGACCACUCCAGCUGAGAACCCCCGCGCUCUCCAGACUGCACGACUACACAUUCAUAACACCUGUAGCCAUCCAGACAGAAGUCUGUAUGAUGAAUUUGGCCUGGGCUUAUUUGUUCUUUGCUGCCAUCUUGUGGUCAAUGCCGAACACGACAACAGCACUGGCGAUUACCAGAUCAACUGAGCUACUUUACCUCAAUGAGGUUUCCAUUGAGGCUGCGCUGAACGUAAACAAGAACAGGAGCGACAUCGGAGCACAUCGAACCCGACGGAAACGCCACGUCUCCAGCAGAGAUAUGGCGGCUUUACUGGAUUAUCACAACCGCGUGCGCUCACAGGUCUUCCCACCCGCAGCCAAUAUGGAAUACAUGGUUUGGGAUGAGAGACUGGCUAAAUCUGCAGAGUCUUGGGCAUCUCAGUGCAUGUGGGGUCAUGGACCACCCCAUAUUCUGCGGCACACAGGACAGAACUUGUCCAUCAUCUCUGGAAGAUACAGAUCAAUCAUUGACCUGGUAAGAUCCUGGUACGAUGAAAGACACUCUUUCUCCUUCCCCAAUAGAUGCAGUGGAUCUGUCUGUACACACUAUACUCAGAUGGUGUGGGCCAGCAGCAAUAAGAUUGGGUGUGCUAUCAACAGGUGUUCAAACAUAUAUGUGUUUGGGAGUAUAUGGAAACAAGCCACCUUAUUGGUUUGCAACUAUUCUAUCAAGGGUAACUGGGUAGGAGAGGCUCCAUAUAAGUCAGGAAAACCAUGCUCUGCAUGUCCUUCAAGUUACGGAGGUUCAUGCAGUAAAAACCAGUGUGACUUCAGAACCAAAUCUAGGAAAAAUUUAAAUAGUUUCAAAAGCUUGUAAAAUGUUCACACUCUGCAGGAAACAUGAAUGCUUUGUUCCCUUUUAUAAAUCAAAGAAUUUAAAAGAAAAAUCUUUAUGGUGCAAGGUGUAUGCAAUCUUUAUUAAAAAUGUUCUUAUAUAAUAGAAAACCACUAAAACAUACAUUUAUGAUGCAUUUCUUCAAAAAGUAAA